AUGUCCACAUUACCUACCCCUUCCCAUCCCGCCCCUACCGAAGCCCAACAGCUCGAAUCCGCUCUGAGGGAUCGGCUCAUCAACUCGGGCGAAUACGAUCGGUCAGUUGCAAGUUCACUCUUUGAACAACAUCAAGAGCCGACAUCUGGCUUUAGAAAAUAAGCUGACCCCUUUUUCACGCUCUAGUCUGUUGAUCCUCUUGAAACAACGCCUGGACAAAACGGGAUGGCAGGAUCAAGUGCGAGGGAUCGCAAGAGGUGAGUGAUCGACAUCGUAUCAGCAAUCCUCGGUCUAGCUGAACUAAAUCACCCCUGGUUGUUCUUUUCGUUCACGUUGUCGUAUGAUCGAAAUCAGAACAAGCUCGGGGUGAUAACGUCAAACUGCUCUCCCUCGUCGAUCAAGUCGAACCGACCGCGUUCGGUAAGUUCCAUUCGGCAUUCAUGCAGGGACACGGGCCGCUGAGCUUUGUGCGUUCUUCAUACGUGGUUCUCAUCUAGGCCUGAUCCCAGCCGAAGUUACACAAGAGAUGGAGAAACUGAUGGCCGAAUUCGUCAAGAAGAAUGUCGAGUGA